AAUGGGUUUUGGGUUGGGCCGGUGGAGAUGAAGCUUGAGGACUACUUUAGGUACUCAGAUCAGGCUCGGGAGGAAAGGCCAUUGUAUUUGUUUGACCCAAAAUUUGCAGAAAAAGUUCCAAAGUUGGGUUUGGAAUAUGAAGUUCCAGUGUACUUUCAAGAGGAUUUGUUUAGUGUUUUGGGCCAUGAGAGGCCAGAUUAUAGGUGGAUUAUAAUUGGACUGGCUGGGUCUGGUUCAUCGUUCCACAUUGACCCUAACUCAACGUCAGCCUGGGAUGCAGUGAUCAAGGGGUCCAAGAAGUGGGUCUUGUUUCCUCCUGAUCUAAUUCCCCCAGGGGUGCAUCCAAGCCCGGAUGGUGCAGAGGUGGCAUGUCCUGUUUCAAUCAUUGAGUGGUUCAUGAACUUCUAUAUAACAACUAAAACUUGGAAAAAGAAACCUAUUGAGUGCAUCUGUAAGGCUGGAGAGGUGAUCUUUGUGCCUAAUGGAUGGUGGCAUUUGGUGAUCAACCUGGAGGAAUCCAUUGCCAUUACACAGAAUUAUGCUAGCAGGUCGAAAUGA